GCAAAGGAAACAAAAACAGCUACCAGGCUUGCUGGGCAUCUGUCUGUAGGUGGUCUCUGGGUCUGUGACUGUGGAACCUCCCAGGUGGCUGAGUGUCUAGCUGGCAGCAGCUGGGAACAGCAAGCACAGCAAGCAACCUCCUGAGAAGAGAGCUGAGAAGAGAGAUAAGCCCAGGAGAGCAAAGGGCUCCUAGAAGCCUUGCUUCUGGGGCUCUUGGUGGGGUUUCAGUGAAGAAUAUCAUUUGGCAGCAAGUACAAAUUGAAAAUGUUGACAUCCCCAGAGCCAAAGGGCCUUGUUCCCUUUACAGCAGAGUCACUAGAACUCAUAGAAAAUCAUGUUGCUAAAAAAUGCAAUGAAGAGCAUGAAGAAGAAGAUUUAAAGCCAAGCCCUUAUUUGGAAGCUGGCAAACAACUUCCAUUUACCUAUGGAACCCUUCCCCAAGGAAUGGUGUCGGAGCCUUUGGAAGAUAUGGAUCCAUAUUACUAUGUUAAAAGAAAUACUUUCAUGGUUUUAAACAGAAACAGAGUAAUAUUCAGGUUCAAUGCAGUUUCUAUCUUCUGCACAUUGUCUCCUUUCAGCUCUCUCAGAAGAGUGGCUAUCAAGAUUUUGGUGAAUCCUCUCUUUCGCCUUCUGAUUUUAAUUAGUGUCCUCACUGACAGCUUUUUUAUGUCCAUGAGCAAUCCACCACAAUGGACAAUAACAGUACAGAAUACUUUUCUUGGAAUUUACACAUUUGAAAUAAUUGUAAAAGUCAUUGCAAGAGGUGUCUGGGCAGGGUCGUUUUCCUUCCUUGGGGAUCUAUGGAACUGGCUUGAUUUCAGUGUAACUUUGUUUGAGCUUAUCACAAGGUUUUCGCCUCUAAACUUCCUUCUAUUGCUUAAAACUAUUAGAACCUUGAGAAUUUUGAAGCUUAUUCCUUUGAUCCAAGGCCUGCUGUCAAUUGUGGCAACACUUACCCAGUGUUUUAAGAAAUUGUUUGGUGCCAUUGUCCUAACUCUGUUUUUUCUGACUGUAUUUUCACUAUUGGGGAUGGGCCUCUUCAUGGGCAAUCUAAAGCACAAAUGUCUGCGUUGGCCACAAGAAAAUGAAACUGAAACUGUGCACAACAGAACUGGAAGCCAGUAUUAUACUACAGAAAGAGCAAACUUCUACUAUUUGGAAGGAGAGAGAGAUGCUCUCCUUUGCGGCAAUAGGACAGAUGCUGGCCAGUGUCCUGAAGGUUAUGUGUGUGUAAAAGAGGGCACAAAUCCUGACAAUGGUUUCACGAGUUUUGACAAUUUUGGUUGGGCCUUCUUUGCUUUGUUUCGAUUGAUGACCCAGGAUUACCCUGAAUUACUCUAUCACCAGAUCCUUUAUGCUUCAGGAAAGGUCUACAUGAUAUUUUUUGUUGUGAUCAGUUUCUGGUUUGCUUUUUAUAUGGCAAGUUUGUUCUUGGGAAUACUUGCUAUGACCUAUGAAAAGGAAAAGCAGAGAGUUUCUCAAAAACCCAGAGAUGUGGAACUUAAACUUCAACAGACUAUGAAAGAAAAUGAGGAAGGAAAUGAAGCAACCAAGAUGAAAACUACAGAAAUAGAAAUGAAGAAAAGAUCACCAACUUCUGCGAACACUACGUUGGAUAUCCUGGAAGAGACUACUCUCAGACAGGAAGAAGAAUCAGAAACAUCCAGGAAGAAAUGUCCUCUAUAUUGGCUUAAGUUUGCUAAAACCUGCUUCAUCUGGGAUUGCUCCCCCUGUUGGAUAAAACUGAGCGACUUUGCUGAUAGAAUUAUAACACAUCCAUUUGCUGAUCUUUUCCUUGUCAUAUGCAUCAUUUUAAACAUAUGUUUCCUGGCCAUUGAACAUUUUCCAAUGAGUGAAGAAAUCAUGCCUCUCCUUAGCAUUGGAAAUUUGGUUUUUAUUGGAAUCUAUACAAUAGAAAUGAUUUUGAAGAUAAUUGCUUUGCAUCCAUAUGGGUAUUUCCAAGUAACCUGGAACAUUUUUGACAGUAUAAUUGUCUGUUUUGGAUUAACAGAAACCUUUCUAGCAGGUAUUGAAGAGAUAGCUGUUUUUAUUUUAUUCCCGUUGAUAUUUAUUAAAUUGGGGAAAUAUGGUCCACCAUUUGAGAAUUUGGUGCGUAUCCUUGGUAACACAUUGAUGGCCCUGAAAGACUUGGUCUUCUUGCUGUUCUUAUUCGUGUACUUCUCUGCUGUGUUUGGCAUGACACUGUUUGGUCGAAGUUACAAAGAAUGUGUCUGCCGCAUAGACGAAGACUGUCUACUCCCCCGUUGGCAUAUGACUGACUUCUUCCACGCUUAUAUGAUUGUGUUUCGAAUUCUCUGUGGAGAGUGGAUAGAGACAUUAUGGGACUGUAUGAUGGUCGCAAGCCAGUCUUGGUGUGUUCCUUUUUACAUGAUGGUCAUUUUAAUUGGAAACUUUUUGAUACUUUACCUGUUUGUGGCAUUGGUGUGCUCAGUCAGUUCUUAUGAUGCUACAACACGAGAAGUGAACAAAGAAGCCAAAAACUUUCAGCUUGCCAUGGCCAGGAUAAAGAAAGGAAUAAACUGUGUGCUUCUUAAAAUAUUGUGCACAAAAAGAACUGUUCCUACGGAAGCAAAAGACCAAAUAUGUGAUACAAGUGUUAAAGACAAUAUUUCUGGCCACACUCUUUCUGAACUGAGUGGCACCCAAACAUUUCUGAGAUACAAGGAAAAGAGCAGUGGCACAGAGAAAACCCCGGUGACUGAAUCUGAGAGCCAAUCACUGAUUGCUAGCCCCAGUGCCUCAGAAACAGUGCCAAUUGCUUCAGGAGAAUCUGAUAUAGAAAAUCUGGAUAACAAGGACACUAGAAGCAAGUCUGGGAAUGGAAACAGUAAAGAGAAAGUGAAGCAAUCUAGUUCAUCUGAAUGCAGCACAGUUGACAUUGCUAUCUCUGAAGAAGAAGAAAUGGUCUACGAACAUGAAAAGCCAAAGCUUCACAAAAAUGGUUAUGAAAGAAAAUCUUCACCUGCUCAAGUCAGUAGAGAAUCUCGGAACGGAAAUAUUUGGAAGAACAUGAGGAAAACUUGCUGCAAGAUAGUAGAAAACAGCUGGUUCAAGUGUUUCAUUGGCAUAGUUACCCUACUGAGCACCGGCACACUGGCUCUUGAAGAUAUAUACAUUGAUCAGCGAAAAACCAUUAAAAUCUUACUGGAAUAUGCAGACAUGAUCUUUGCUUACAUCUUCAUUUUGGAGAUGCUUCUCAAGUGGGUGGCUUAUGGCUUUAAAGCCUAUUUUUCUAAUGGCUGGUACAAGCUGGACUUCAUGGUCAUCAUCGUGUUUUGUCUUAGCUUAAUAGGCAAAACUCGAGAAGACCUGAACCCACUCACUUCCAUCAAAUUCCUCCGAGCACUUAGGGUUCUCUCUCAGUUUGAGAGAAUGAAGGUGGUUCUGAUAGCUUUGAUGGAAACAACAUUACCUGCUUUGAGCGUGUUUCUGGUCUGCCUAAUGACCUGGCUACUUUUCAGUAUUAUGGGAGUACACUUAUUUGCUGGCAAGUUCUACCAAUGCAUUGACCCAACAAGUGGAGAAAGAUUCCCUGAAUUUGAAGUUAUGAAUAAGAGUCAAUGUGAAAACCUGAUAUUUAAUGAAUCAAUGCCAUGGGAAAAUACAAAGCUGAACUUUGAUAAUGUUGGAAAUGGUUUUCUUUCUUUGUUCCAAGUAGCAACAUUUAAUGGAUGGCUCAGUAUUAUGAUUUCAGCAGUUGAUUCUGUUGGUGUAAAUAUGCAGCCUAAAUACGAACACAACCUCCACAUGUACAUUUAUUUUAUCAUCUUUGUUAUCUUUGGAUUAUUUCUCCCUCUGACUGUGCUGAUUGGUGUUAUUGUUAGUAAUUUCAACAAUCAGAAAAUUAAGCAAGGGGGAUCAAAUAUCUUUAUAACAGUAAAACAGAAAAAACAGUACCGGGCACUGAAGAAACUCUUAUAUGAAGAUUCUCAGAGACCAUUACCCCGUCCCAAAAACAAGUUCCAAGGCUUCACUUUUGACCUAGUAACACAUCGUGUCUUUAAUAUUAUCAUCAUAGUUCUUAUCUGUUUCCAAGCAACAACCAUUAUGAUACGAAAUGAUGAGCAGAGUCCACAAAUGGAAACGGCUCUCUACUGGAUGGACUCCCUUUUUGUCACACUGUACACUCUAGAAUGCAUACUGAAGCUCACUGCCUUCCACUGCCACUAUUUCACCAGUGUGUGGAAUGUUCAUGAUUUUAUGGUGGUCAUUUUCUCCAUUACAGGAUUGUUGCUGCCUAUGACAAUAGGACAAUACUUUGUGCCUACUUCACUUGUGCAACUGAUACUUCUGUCUCGGGUCAUCCACAUUCUGCGUCCUGGGAAAGGACCGAAAGUUUUUUUUUAUCUGAUGCUUCCUUUGAUGUUGUCCCUUCCUGCAUUGCUGAACAUUAGUCUUCUCAUCUUCCUGGUCAUGUUCAUCUACGCCAUCUUUGGAAUGUACAACUUUGCCUACGUUAAGAAAGAAGCUGGAAUUAAUGAUGUAUCCAACUUUGAGACCUUUGGAAGCAGUAUGCUCUGUCUCUUUCAAGUUACAAUAUUUUCUGGUUGGGAUGGCAUGCUGAAUGCAAUUUUCAUCAGUCAAUGGUCUGACUGUGAUCCUGAUAAAAUUAAUCCUGGCACUCAGGUCAGGGGAGAUUGUGGGAGCCCUUCUGUUGGGAUUUUUUAUUUUGUCAGUUAUAUCCUCAUAACAUGGCUGAUCAUUGUUAACAUGUACAUUGUGUUGAUCACGGAGUUUCUUAGCAUCCCUUUUAAGAAAAAAAACAGGUCCUUGAGUGAAGAUGACUUUAAGAAAUUCUUCCAGGUAUGGAACAGGUUUGACCCUGAUAGGACCCAGUACAUAGACUCUAGCAAGCUUUCAGAUUUUGCAGCUGCUCUUGAUCCUCCUCUUUUCAUGGCAAAACCGAACAAGGGCCAGCUUGUGGCCAUGGAUCUCCCCAUGGCUGCGGGAGACAGGAUUCAUUGCCUUGACAUCUUACUUGCCUUUACUAAAAGAGUGAUGGGAAAAGAUGAGAGAGUGGAGAAAAUCCUUUCAGAGAUAGAAUCUGGGUUUAUUUUGGCAAACCCUUUCAAAAUCACGUAUGAACCAAUUACAACCACUUUGAAACGCAAACAAGAGGCAGUUUCAGCAACCAUCAUCCAGCGGGCUUACAAGAGUUACCGCUUAAGGCAAAGUGACAAAAACACGUCAGAUAUCCCUAUAAUAGAUGACGACAGAGAUGAUCCUACUUUGUCCUCUCUGACAAAAUAGAGCAAAAGACAUCUGUUCAAACCCAGAUCUAAUUUCACUUCACACUUCUGCUUUCUUCACCUAUCACCCAAACACAAAAUUUAACUAGGUUUGAGCACUGAUCAGAGAGUGGAGAAAAUGGUUACAUGUUUGUAUGUUUGUCCACACAUCUCCAUGCCAAACUCAUGUUCAUGUUCAGUCUGCCCAAUGCAUCUAAAGUAGGUUACUAUUGUCACUUGGCUAUUUAGUUUUUCCUACAUGGCUUGUCUAGUGUUGCCUCUAGUGAAAGAUGAGUGGGAGGAGAUGGGAAGAGACGGCAGUAAAAUUUCAGCAGCUAAAAUGCUUUUCCUUUUGUAGUUUAUAUGUAAUAUUACAGACUAGGUCACCAUUCCUGGGGCUUAGUUGUAAAUGUGAUAUUUCCUUAACGUGAGACUGUGCUUCAGAAGAAGGGAAGCACUGGAUUAAAUCACAAAUAUGCAUAAAUAAAUGCUGCUGCCAGUUAGGGGAAAAUACAGUUCUUCAGAAAGUGCCUUUGAGAUCAGUCAUAGAGACUUUAGGGCUAAUUUAUGACAUAUAUUUCUUAAAUGGUUUGGCUGAACACUUUUUUUGUUUUUUUUUUUCUUCUUGACUUUUAUAUGCUUGUUUGUUU